AUGGAGAAGAGUUCUAAAGUUCCGCGAUUUGAGGCUAAUGGAGCAUCGGUAAACGCUAUUUUUGCCGUUACUGGACCAACUGCAGGAAUUCUGCAUAUUCGAUCAGCUUUGGAACUGCCACAGGAUCAUACAGUUAACGAUGAUGCAUUACGUGUUCUAGAUGAAUGUUUUGAUUCAGUUGCCGUUCCGGCGGACCAGUAUUGGCGUGCGGCUUCGCAGCACAGAGCAUUGAUGCAGUCUACAGACAAUGAUGAUGCUGACACUACAGUGCAUCCUCAUUCAACGCGUUUACCUUUUACGUUGGAUGCGGCAGUGAAUAUUAGGAGACCCGAUCCGAUGGAUAUUCCCCGCUCUUUCUACUCCACUAGACUUGACGCUAUCGUGCAGAGACGUUACGCCGUUAAUCAAGGUGAACUUGUUGUUGCGUCCGACAAUCGUAGUGGAUCUAGUGGAAAAAUGUUUAAUACGAUACCUAGAGAUGAAUUAGUAUCUUUUAUUGAGACAAUACCGUUUUGUCAUCAGCGUAAUCUUUACGUCAUGGUGGAUGAAAAUUCUGCUGUAGAUCCCUUUUUUGACAUUGACUGCUGCCCACCGUUUGAUUGGAUGGAGUAUGAUAAUAAUAAUGAGAGUGACAUUAUUGAGGAAGAGGAAGUAGAAAAAGGAAUAGAAAAAAUAAAAAAAGAAAAAGAAGACAAUAUUACGUCUCCAUCAUUGUCUUCGUCAUUUCAAGUAACGACAGCUACUGUAGAACGAUGGCUCAGAGAGGUAUUAUACUUUCUGCGGGAUAAGGUGGAGUCGGCUACAGGGGCUCAACUGCAACAAUGCUUGGUACUAACAAGUUCUGUGAUUCUUCGUGAUGACAAAACGGAGAGAAAAGCUGGAGAUGUGGGAAGAGAAAGUGAAUCACUACUCAGUACUAAAGAUACUAAAAUUAGUUUUCACAUUCACUUUCGCCUUAACACUAACACUGCUUUCGCCAAUAUACGAGAAUUACACAGGUUUAUGUCUCACAUUCGGGAAGAACUUGAUUUAUCUCUUUCUCAAGGAAAAGAGAGUCAUAAUUAUUCUCUUAAUCUUAUGUUGCGUCGUUGCAUCGAUUUUGGGGUUUACACAAGAUGGCGAGCAUUUCGUUUGCCUUACAACGUAAAAUUACCAUCACCAUUAAUGUUUUCUGCUGUAGACGCAUCUGCACUUGAUCUGAUGGUAUUAGAGCUUUCACAAUUACACAUAAAAGUUGUUACUCCUCUAGAUAAUCGCGUCGGUAAAGUGGCUCCUACUGUGGCACACUUUAUAGACAUCUCCUCUUUGCAAAAAAAAUCGUCUUCUUCCCUUUGGGAGCACCACUAUCGUAUGCUUACGAAACUAUUUUUUCUCUACCGUUUCCUCUUACCUAUUGUACCGGGUAUGACGUCAAUUACAGACAAGAAGCUUAUUGAUUUUCUAUCAGCUUAUUUACCAUCUUCUUCACACAAUGGUGACUCUGAAAAAGAUUUUCACCAAGAACUAGCUCAUACGGUUUUUGACCUUGCUUCUAUUCAGCGGGAUAACUGUACCACAGAAAAAAAUGAGGAAAGAGAUGUUACCGCACUUCGUCUCUUUAGAAUGACGUCGUUAAUAAAUCAAAAUACUUCAACUGCGGUUAUGGUAGAAAAUCAGAACCCUUUUGCUCUGCCGAGACCACCACUUCGUGAUGGUGUUCGUGUGAGUAUUCGUGAUAUUCAAGUUAAGGAUCUUGUGGCUGAAGUAUUUCGCUGCCUUUCUAUCGAAUACGAUGGUGGUGUACAUAGAGAUCGUGAUCAACAGGGAAAUAUGAUGUCACCUCUAUCAGGAAAUUGUGUCAAUGUACAGUAUCAGGAAUGUAUUCGAGCUUAUUAUGCUCAACAGAAACAGUCACGCUUUUGUCUAAAUCAAAAUCGUGAGCAUCGCGGGACCUACCCACAGCUUUAUCUUACCUAUGGGUCAAUUAAACUUCGUUGCUACAGUAAUGAUUGUUGUAAAAGCUGUCUUGCCAUAAAAUGGUCAACCGACGAUGAUGAACGGGUAACUGGAACAACUGCUGUGCUACUCCCUGUUGACUCUCAUGGAUACCCUAAAUACGAGAGGUUGUCACAGAUUCGUCGAUUGUUGUUUCCACCCCUUUCACCAGAGGAGCUGCUCAAGCGUUAUGGUGCCUCAGCUCUUGAGGGAAUGCAGCAACCCCAGAAAACCGAACAAAUAAGAGCAGAAUAA